AUGUCGAACGCGAUAGAGGAUCCCCGGGUCAGGGCGGCCAUUGAGCACUACCUGUUAGAUCUGGAGAACACCCAGCCGAAGAAUACGAAGCGAAAUUAUCGUCCCAAGCAGGAAGAAUGGAAGGAGUGGUGUCAAGCCAACUGGCCUGCGAUCCCGGACGUUUGGCCGGCCUCGGUACCACAGGGCCAACAGCUACCGGGAGACCUGGUCGAUGAAGGAAAGCUCUUGCUCUUCAUGAAGGAGAAAACGACACCUCGAGGCUCAGGAAGCCAAGAGGGCCGUGAAAGACGCAGAGCACCAUCAGAUACCAUCGUUGUAGGCGGCGGAGGUAGCGAAUACGAGUCAGACUCCGACUUGGAGUUGUAUGAGUCCACGCUCAAACUACAGUAUAAUACUGUACGGGGCUACGUCUCGGCCAUACAGAAGCUUUACGACGAGCAGAAGAGCCGGGAGUCAAUCCUGCGGCCCGGCCACGGGAGUGGCACUGAAGGCGCUCAAACGCAGCAUUCUUGCAACGACUUGGAGCCGGAAGAGGAAGGAAUACAUGGACAGGGAGUUGGAACUCUGAGAGAUGUGUAUGCGCCGGCGCAGAUCCCCGACCACACCAACGUGGCAUGGUCCGAGAGGAGAGAGAUCGCCUGCGCCCUGAGGACGCAGGUGGACUUUCUGCUCGGGAACCACAUGCUGCUGCGGUCCGGCAACCGCCUGCCGAUGGAGUUGGCAGACUGCUUUCCCCUGGACUUACCCAACGAGGGCUUCAAGGCCCAGGGCGGAAAGGUUUCCGUCUUCCAAAGAAGCGAAGACUGGUAUGAAACGAAGGUGCUCCGCCGAUCGGCGAAGGAGCCUCAAGCUCCGUUGUCGGGCCAGACUGCCCGAGAAUGGACGUCCAGGUUCUACAAGAAGGCCGGGAUCAAGGUCUCCAAGAUCCGCCGAGCCGGUCGUUGGAAUAACGGAGACCAAAUGACCGGCUGCUAUCUGACUUCCCUGCCUUUCGAAUUCAUGAGGGCCGUGGCCGACUUUGACCCUGAAUGGUCGGGGUCUUAUUUCGUGCCCGGGCCACCUAGCCCUUUCUCAGAUCUCGGGGUGGAGCAGAACAUGGCCGCCGGCGCCUUCUUGGAACUCCUGGAGUGGCUUCGAGAGGUGCUCCUGCAGGACGCUGUCUUCCUUCGCGAGUCCUACCCCGACCAUCCUAUCUUUCAGGAUCCGGUCUUCUCUUGCCCCGAGUUUGAAGCGUUCGCCAGCAAAGUUCAAGACACAUGCACACGGGACCACGAAGACAGCCAUACCACGGUCAUUCAAAAAGCGAUCCCGGUGGUUGCGGAGAAGCUGCGCACAUUGGAUGAGUUUGCGCAGGCGACCUACACCGUCACCUUCAGCCCCGGCCAAGGUGCUGCAGGUCAACAUGCGGAGAUCGCGGGAGCUCAUCAACAGAGGCGCCGCGCUCCACGAGAGACGGUCCUCAGGUCCGAGAUAGGCCCUUCGCAAGCGGGCGGUCCGACAUACGCUCCGCUCUCUCUAGAGCAGCAGCAGGGAAUGGUGCAAGCGGGCCAGGGCAAGCCCCAGGGAAGAGCGCAUGGCGAGCCGCCUGGGCCGCGCGAACCUCCGAGCUUCAAGCUCCCCGUUCUGUCAAAUCUGUACAGGAGCUGCUGCGUCUCUGGCGGCAGGGCUGGGGCGAAAUGCCUUCUGUGGAUUCUCUUGAGCGAGACUGGGGUGCUCGAUGGCGGCCAUCUGCAGAGAAGAAUUACCUUUCCACGCGCAAGAUCAUCGUCGAUGAGGUUCGGAGGCGGGCCCAGUCGGACGGCUUAA